UCCCGACAGCUUAACUUACUUUUGUUAAGUCAGUAUGUCUGGACGUGGCAAGCAGGGAGGCAAGGCUCGCGCCAAGGCUAAGACCCGGUCCUCCCGUGCUGGUCUCCAGUUCCCCGUGGGCCGUGUCCACCGCCUGCUCCGCAAAGGCAAUUACUCCGAGCGGGUGGGAGCCGGCGCCCCGGUGUACCUGGCGGCGGUGCUGGAGUACCUGACCGCCGAGAUCCUGGAGCUGGCGGGCAACGCGGCCAGGGACAACAAGAAGACCCGCAUCAUCCCGCGCCACCUGCAGCUGGCCAUCCGUAACGACGAAGAACUCAACAAGCUGCUGGGCCGAGUGACCAUCGCCCAGGGUGGUGUGCUGCCCAACAUCCAGGCUGUGCUGCUGCCCAAGAAGACUGAGAGCCACCACAAGGCCAAGGGCAAGUGAACCGCUUUAUAGUCCUGCAUCGAUCCCUAUUCCUAAAAAUCAAAGGCUCUUUUCAGAGCCACCUAGUUUGUCUGUAAAGUGCUGGAAUGCUUCUGAAGCUAUGUAAAGUCCAAGUCAUUUUGUCAAAGGAUGGAAAUGUAGUUAAUAGGACCAUUUGACAGUUUUGAGCUACAGAAAGUGGUAUUAUAAAAUUGGAUCUCAGUUUCUUUGGAGCUGUCAGUUUUGAAACAGUUGGAUACAUUAUACUGACCACAAAAUGGAGGCGAAAAGUACUAUUUAACUUCUCAGUAAAAGCACAUUUAUGCAUGCACAAAAGUAAUUGGUUUUGGAAGUGGAAUUCUGUAUCAGGAUCAGAAAUUGCUGCAAAUAGUGAAAAAGGA